CGGGAGCGGGCAGCAGCGGAGGCGGGAAGCCGUGCGGCGACGGGGAGCGAGCCCGACGGGACCCACCAUGGCCGAGACGAAGGAUGCACAUGAGGAGCAUGACUCAGCAACCGACAAUGCAGAUGAUUCUAACCACGACCCGCAGUUUGAGCCCAUCGUUUCUCUUCCUGAGCAAGAGAUCAGAACUCUGGAGGAAGAUGAGGAAGAACUUUUCAAGAUGCGAGCAAAACUUUUCCGAUUUGCGUCAGAAAAUGACCUCCCAGAAUGGAAAGAACGUGGCACUGGGGACGUAAAACUCCUGAAGCACAGAGAGAGGGGGACCAUCCGCCUCUUAAUGAGGAGAGAUAAAACUCUAAAAAUCUGUGCUAAUCAUUACAUCACACCUUUAAUGGAGUUGAAGCCCAACGCUGGGAGUGACCGGGCCUGGGUGUGGAAUACACACGCUGAUUUUGCAGAUGAGAGUCCUAAACCAGAACUUCUGGCAAUUCGGUUUUUAAAUGCAGAAAACGCACAGAAAUUCAAAGUGAAAUUUGAAGAAUGUAAGAAUGAAGUUGAUAACAAGGGAAAGAAAGCAGAAACAGACAAAAACGGUAGCGCUGAUAAAAUUGCUGAAAAACUAGAAGACCUUUCUGUAAAGGACGAGUGCAAAGCAUCGGAGAAGAAAGAAGACAAGGAAAAGACCGAAGAGAAGCAAUAAAUCAUUUUGGGCCUUGUGUUUUUCCUUUUUUUUUCUUAUUUUUUUUUCUUAAUUUUUACAAGGGACUUUAUAAAGAACUGUAUUCUGAUUUUUUUUUUCUAAGCUUUUGCCCUUUUGGGAAAAAAAAAAAAGAUCCAUUCCCCAGUCAUGAAAAUGUACUGUGCUAAAACUUUCUUUUCCAUAGUGGAAAUACUUAUUUAUAGUGUUCCAGGAGAGAAUAAAUAAAGCUUUGGAAACGGUGUGAAAAGGACAGGGUUUUCUAUAUAUACACUUUGUGUGGCUGUCCUUGUUACCUUGGGUUAUAUGUCUGGGUGCGUAUUUUAGGUGAGGUAUAGUGUAACUGAAUUCUACCAAUAGGGGGGAAAAAAGAGAACAAAUAACGAAGAUGUUUCUGAUGCAUUGUGGCUGAAUGUUGUAAUGACUGGAAGAAGAAAUUUUAUGCUAAGAUUCCUUUUCUUAUAACUGAGGUUUGAGUGACCUUGAGUGUUCUUGUGCAGAUUUAUUAGCCCCCUUAGAAUCUAAUGUCAUCCCACAAAGGCCUGUGAUGUAUUUCAAAAUAUUGUGGUUUCUUUUGAUCGACAGCAGCGAUCCAGAAAAAUUGUUCCAGUUAUUAGCAAAAGUGGGAGGUGUCCAGCGAAUGCAAUUUAAAAAAAAAAACACGGUUUCAAUGGCCUUUUUUUUUCUGUAGAGCAGAAUCCUUCCUUGCAAAUCUGGACAGGCUCUUCUGUGUAAACAGAACAAAAAUCCAGUUCCUUCUGUAAAAAUUUUCAAUAUAAACUCUCCAUGUAGGUAUGAAGGCAAAUAAUAUUUUCUGUUGCUUUGCUGUCUCGAUUAUAGCUUUUUCAUAGCGUGUUCUGGGGAAACGGGAGGAGGGCGGGAAUUUCACUGUUGUUGUUUUUUUAAAGAUAACUUUUGGGUUGUGACAAAAAUCACCUUUCUUAACACCGCCCAGGAAAAAGCACUGAUGUCUGAAUUUGCGUCCGAUAGUCGAGGACGAGGUUCCCCCAUUUAACAAUAAACUUUUGGGUAACAAAGGUGUCAUUGUGGGCUCCCUCCUCAUUGUCACUUGACCCUUGGAAGAUUAUCCUGUUAAGAUUCCUAGGACGUCCUUAAUCUUCACCAGAGAGACCAAAAAUGUUUAUAUGAUGAGCUUCUGCAUCCAUAACCACGGGCUAUGCUCAUCCGAUCGCGUAUGUUGUCGCUUUCCAUCGUCAUGGCAAAAUGGAUUAUAACUGGUCUUCAGAAAGAGAUUUUUUAAAAAAAUAUAACUCAGGCUUUCUCAGAGUGUGUAUAUUCUGCAAUAUGUACUCCCUCUUUAACUCAUUUCUCUUGACUGUACAAACCUCCCCAAAAGUAACACAGGUUGUCUGUCCUGCAUAGAAAUUGAGAACGCCUAGCCUAGUUUCUUUAGAGUCAAGUUCUCCAUGUCAGCUUAUUCUGCUGUUUCUCAAUCUCAGCCACUUUUUAAGAUGUGUGGACCUCAACUCCCAGAAUCUCCCAGCCAGCUUAGCUGGGAGAUUGAAGUCCACACGUCUUCAGGCUGCCAAGGUUGACAAACAUCGGCUUACACACUUGAGAGCGUGGCUAUACAACAUUCCUUUUCUCUUGCUUGAAAAAAUGUGCACAGUAGACUUGUUAUUACUUUAAUUAAAAGCUUUUGUUCAAUUAACAGCAGAACUGUUUGAACUCACCCUUGACCUCUUAAUGAAAAUUUUAAGUAUUUCCUUGCUAUUCUCUCUCUCUCCCUUCCUCCCUCCCCACGAUCAUCAUUACAUUUUUAUGGAUGUAUACGUUUCUUCCUGUAGUGUUGGUUUUUUGCGUCAUUAUAUCUUGACUAAGGCAUGACUGCAAGUAGGGAGAUGCAGAAAUACCUCAACCAGUCCCAAGGACCUGUCACUAUAUCCCUCAGUAAGGUAAAAGGGCAUUGAAAGCUUAUUUUCAGAUUGAAAUCACUAUGAAUGAUUUAUCAAAAAAGAGGCACUGUUCACCCAUCUAACUUUGAAAUAAAUUUAAGCUUCAUCUUUUCGUUUUGCUUAAUUCUUGUAAGAGGGGGUACGAUUGGUGUGCUGUGAUUUUGGUUCUUAGAACCGUCGAUCUCUAUGGUCUCAGGAUAACUUGUGUAUAAUGGAUUGCCUCUGCCCUUUGAGCUAUUUAACAACUUGGUUUCUGUAUUGUAAUUUCUGGGACAUAAAAAAGCGAAUGAUGUGUGAAGGGAAGAGCAUCUGUGGAAUGUGCCUCUCGAGUACAGCUCCUCAUCUGUCACUUGGGUUUGGGAGGGGGGGGACAGGGAGAGGAAGGGAACAAUUGCAUUGUUGUUGCUGUGUGUAAAUGUACUAUGCAGGUUGCCUGUUCUGUUCGCUCCCUUUGUAAAAUGCAACGCUUGUGUGUGCUUUUUCCGAAGCCUCUUCCCAUGGCAAAUUUUUUUAUGGUGGAAACCUGUUCAGCAACAGAAACGAAGCCAUACCGACAGGAUUUAUAUAGUGUUUGUUUAACUUUAUAUAUUAAAACAAAAUAAUGUAUCAACGAUGCUGUGUAAAAGAAACAGGAGCAUAAAGUAAGAUACCACAAAA